GACGUGCGAUCGAGCUUUGAAUGGAACUGUGGAAUAGAAUUACCAUAACCGAUCGAGACGCGGGGCGCGAGCGCGUAGCUUGGAAUCAAGGAACAAGUGCACCAUCAUACCCACAUGCCAGCUUGUAGUGCGUAGGUUGGCCGAAGGAGGAAAAUUCAGCUUACCAAGGCGAAAAUCGGGAGAGAUGGAAACCCCGUCUUGCGUAUGUGUGUUUGGUUUUUUGUUUGCGCAGGAGGAUUACUCCGAUUAGUUCUUCGUUACGCUUCGUCGGGUUUAGUCGUGUGCGCCCUGCCCUGCCAGCUGUGAUACAUAUAGUUCUGUGACCCGAGAUCAAGUGACCUCUUGGAAGACAAAUUAACUGCUGUCUGUGGUUGAUUUUAAUAAUCUAUUAAAGAGGAACAAAUAUUUAUUUUUUGUUUGAUUCAAGUGGCCUAAAUAUUUACGGAUAGCCAUUCGGUUUGUUUAAAAUCCCAUGUGCGUGGAAGCUAGUGCGGGUGUUUACAGGAUUCGUCCGGUGUCUAGCGAAGAAAAUUGUGUUAAUUGUGUGUUGUUGUGACUGAUUAGUGGAUUUAUAGAUUGUUUUGCGGGAAAAUGAUCAAGACGGAAGAACACGUGGAUUCCAGUACCGUGGCUGUUUCCGGUGGUUAUCACUAUCGGAACAUUUCUUCAAAUAUUGUGAUGGCCACUCCACAUAUUAUCGAGAACCCAGCACUUCAAAGCAUGGAUAAUCAUUAUCACUAUCAUACGAGCAUUUCGUCGUCUCAAAUUGACGUGAAAAAUGAAAUGGAUGAGCGAAACUCUCCGGCUUAUCACGUAUCUGACGUGAAGAUGGAGACGGACAAGAUCCCUUCGAUGUACCACCACUUCGACAAAAUCUCCUCAUAUUACAUCAAUCGAUCGCCAUAUCUGUUGUCGCAAAUGAACGACGACUCGGAGUACGUUGAACCUCGUGCAUCAUACCUCUCUCAACUGGACAACUCCAUCAACACCAUGAAGCUAUCGGAUGCCGUUUCGAUACCACCGCUGAUCAACUAUCAAUCCCUACCACACCCAGAUGUGUCCGUACUGCAGCAACGCUGCCGUAGCAAUGGAUCUAGUGGAGGUCACAUUUCACCGACAUCGUCCAUGAACUCAUCCUCUACAUUGCCCAUAGUCAGCAGUGUCCAAUCCAUUGCGACCAGCACUAGCGGUGGUCACAUAACGAUCAUGCCCAAUCCAAUGCUACAGAAAUCCCAGUCGUCUUCGCCGAUAACUCCGUCGGCUUCGCCAACUCUGUCUAGCUCCUCACAGCCAACCGUGGCGAUGAUAAACGGAACUGGUUCGAACACCAUCCCGUCGCAAAGGAAAUCACCAAACGCUGGAAAUGGAACGGGAGAACAGCAACUUACCAGCACCACGGGAUCCGGCGAAAAUGGUGGAUCGAAGAAGACCAACGGAGGUCGAAGGCAGGAAAAACCGCAGCUCAGCUACAUCAACAUGAUUGUGAUGGCGAUCAAGGAUUCGCCCCACCGUAGGAGGACCCUCAGUGAGAUCUACAAGUAUCUGCAGUCGAAGUACGACUUCUUCAACGGAGAGUACAACGGCUGGAAGAACUCCGUCCGGCACAAUCUAAGUCUGAACGAAUGCUUCAAAAAACUCCCCAAAGAAUGCGGAAAGCCUGGAAAAGGCCACUACUGGACCAUCGAUGCUUCGGCCGAGUACAUGUUUGAAGACGAAGGCAGUUUGCGGCGACGGCCUCGCGGUUUCCGACGGAAGCAACAGCUCAAAGCGUACGCCGGAGGAAGUGCGUUCUACCCGGCCGGAACGAGUGGUUACGAAAUAACGGUGCCCGAUCUUCCGAGUGGAUACAUUUCGCAACCUUACGGAUCGUACGAUUAUCCCAGCGCAAAUGGACAAACGUUCGGUGCUGAGUCGUGGCACUAUCCGUCGGAAGGGCUCAGUCAGUAUUCGAAGAUCACCCACACGUCACUGCACGACCACCAACCUCCAUCGGGUUCCCCCGGGCAGCAGGGCCAAAGCUCAAGUGUGCUAGAUUAUGGCAACUACUCGUUCGCCUCCGGUUCCUACAACAUCGAUAAUGGUCUGAAAAUGGCACCUCUCCCUCAGAUGGUUCAGCCCAACGGAACGAGUGGUGGCGGGACGUCCAUGCCUUCGCAGCCAUCACCAUCAUCAGGUGCAAGCAACAACGGUGCCCAAUCAGGAGGAGUGGUGGUGUCAAUGGCAUCGACCGUGAAUGGCGGCAGUCCCCACCAGCAGCAACAGCAACAGCAACAUCCCACCAUGGGAACCAGCAUCACGGAUGGCUGUGGGAAGGUGAUAAACGGUUAUGGUGGUUCACCGUUCGCGGCGCAGCAACUGCACCAUGCGCACCACCAUCAUCAUCACCAACACCAACACCACCAGCACGCGGGGUCCAAUGGGGCACUGAAUACGGUGCUGACGGCCAACGUGCAGUAUGAGCAUGGCAAAUAUGCAGCGAAUUGAUGGCGGGCUCAUAAUAUGGGAGACUGCGGCUGAGGCUGCGUCAGCUCAUCAAUCAUGGACGUAAGGAUGGACGUUGGAUAAAAGGCAUUAGACCUUCGGAUGAAGGAGGAUUUGGAUCAUUACAGUACUAAUAGCGUUAAGUGUAGUUCUUUUAGGACGUUUGCUUGAGUAGAGAAACUUUUCUUGCUGUGUUCUUUCAAUUAUUGAUUUCUUUGAGAUAGAUGUAAAUAAAUGGUACCAAAGAUUGA